GGGGGCUGCAGCGCCCAGCCCCGCUGUGCCCAGCGUGCGGCGGCGGCCCGGGGCUGCUGCUUCUUCCCAUCGCCGCUGACCGGCUCCUGGCUCCCGCCUCGUUUUAUGGUUGUGGAGAGGGAGGACAAAUCCCAAACCAGCUGCGUAAAUGAGUAUGGAAGAUUAUGAUUUCCUCUUCAAAAUUGUUUUAAUCGGCAACGCCGGGGUGGGGAAGACUUGCUUAGUCCGUCGCUUCACUCAGGGGCUUUUCCCACCAGGGCAAGGAGCCACGAUUGGGGUUGACUUUAUGAUUAAAACUGUGGAGAUAAACGGUGAAAAAGUAAAGCUGCAGAUCUGGGACACGGCGGGCCAGGAGCGGUUCCGGUCCAUCACGCAGAGCUACUACCGCAGCGCCAACGCGCUGAUCCUGACCUAUGACAUCACCUGCGAGGAGUCCUUCCGCUGCCUGCCCGAGUGGCUGCGCGAGAUCGAGCAGUACGCCAGCAACAAGGUCAUCACCGUGCUCGUGGGUAAUAAGAUUGAUUUAGCUGAUAAGAGGGAAGUCUCCCAGCAAAGAGCUGCAGAGUUUUCUGAAGCCCAGGACAUGUACUAUCUGGAAACAUCAGCAAAAGAAUCGGAUAAUGUGGAGAAACUCUUCCUGGACUUGGCCUGCCGGUUGAUCAGCGAGGCCCGACAGAACACCCUUGUGAACAAUGUCUCAUCCCCCUUACCAGGAGAGGGGAAAAGUAUCAGCUACUUGACUUGCUGUAAUUUUAAUUAAAGAGCUGGCAUGUGAUUGCCCCUUCUGCCAUGGGCCAAGUGGAUUUUUUUUUUUUUCUCUGCUGGGAUUUAUCUACUUGAAGAAGUUCCUGCCAAUCAGACCCAUCUGGCUUGCUCAGAGUCAGGUUACAGUCCUGGAAGCAUGGCAGGCUGAUGGUUCCAGCUGCAUGGCAAUGUAGCAGAAUACAACAGGGUUUAAAUUUCAUUUUUCUUGCAGUCUGUGGAGCAGGUCAGAAAAGGAAGAGUUGCACAAUUGCUUCAUGUAAUGCAGAACAUGAGCUGCUUUGUUUCCUUCUGUGCGAGUGUAGACCAGCCUUUCUUGAAGAUACUGCAGAGAUCAAAAUCUCUGUUACAGAACAAUGUGUUUGAUCCUUUUUAAAGUAAAACAAAGUAAGAAGAAAUGCAACAAUGAACACUGACUUUGGACUACCCUGGCAAUCUUCUGGGCUGUCAGCGAGCAAGCUCAUAGGAUGUGUACAUAAGGUCUGCCCCUGCGCCUUCAUGGAGGACUCUGGUGUUUGAAAUAGUGUUAUGUCUCUCAUCUACAGGCACUUUCAUGAACGUGGAAUAAACAAAAAAGUUACAUAUAGCAGCAUUUACAAGAUUGAAGAAGACCUGGAUACGGCUCAGUCGCUCCCUUUGGUGCUAGCAGUUCAGCAAAUAUUCCAUAGGCCAAAUGUAGGCUUACCACAUUACUGUCUUCUGAAUGUGUAACUUGGACUGGUUAGGAAAAAAACACUAAUAAGCACUGUUCAUAAAAAUAAUAAAAAAAAAAUCUCAUUACCUCUUUUUCUAGGCCUGAACAUAGUGGGAAAGGACUGUGUGCUUCUUUGAUAUCCAACAAAGGAUGAAGACUUUCCAGAAAUAAAAAUAAAUAAAUAAAUUAACCAUUCCUCCUCUAAUUAGUCAUGUCCUGAUGUAAAAAGUUAGCCUUGGGAAAGAUGAUGGUGGACUUGGCAGAAGUGCCCCAGAUGUGACCAAAGUCUUGUGGGUGCAUGGAUGGUGUACAAGGGUUCCAAGGAAGCACGGUCAGAGCUGUCAGUCUGCGAUGGUGCAGCUGGAGAACAAAGCCUGUAGAAAGAGAUCUUGUUGGAAGGCAGGAGUACAAAUUUGUAGAGGGUUUGUUUGAUGGUCAGUGGAGGUAGCAAUGGGUUGCUACCAUUGGUAGUGGUGUCCUUCCAUGCUGCUCCAUCCAGCUCUCACCUUGUGGAACUGCUCUCAGAGGUGCUCUUGAAGGUCUCUUCUUGGUGUCCAGUCUCUCUGCUAGGGUAGCUUUUAGGUUCAGGGCUGUAGAGUCAUUUUAUUUACCUGAUGCUUUGCACCCUUAAUCCCAAACUCUGGUACAUGUAACUGUUUAGGCAACUUCUUCCUACAGAAGCUCUGAAGUGGAAGCACCUUGGAGUUUGUAGUGUUACUCCACCUCUAGUGCCAUACAAUGCAUUGCAAUUUUACACCUUGGCAUGGAAGCAAAAUCAGGAGAUAGUGAAUGCGCACAUAAGCAAUUAUAUUUAGGAGUUUGAGUUCAGUUUAGCUAAUCUGGAUAAAUCUCUCCUGGUGAUUACAUGGCUGUGAUAUGCUGCAAUUUAGAGUUAAUCAAUUUAAUAUUAUUUGGCUUUUACUGAAGAUUAUAACAGAGCUUUUGUAUUGACAUAAAAAGCUGCCAGUAAGUACUUAUUGAAAAAAAAAUAGCAAUUAAAAAAAGGGGCAUUUUGAAAUGCUUUUUUUUUUUUUUUUUGUUUCCUGGAAAGAUUUUUUUUUGGGCUAUAUCAUGUUGUGCCUUUGAUAUGUAACAGGAAGUUAACUCUGUGUCAAAGAGAGGCGGGAUUGGUUUGUCAUAUGGCCAUUUUUAAUAUUUCCUUGCUAUUUUUAGGUCAUUUUUAUGACUAGUGGUAAAAGGAAGAUGUAGAAGUUGUGGUAUGAAGCUUGUUUGUCAUUUAGGUAACAUUUAGCAAAGAGCCUCUGUAAGUGUGAGAUGCUGGGGGACACGUCAUCUGCUGCUCUGCUCUGGUCCAUUUCAGCCUCUGCUCAUGUUGUAAUCCGGAGGAUUUGGAAAUGUGUGGGACUUGGUGGCUUCUGCUGUACUGGACCAUGUGAUCUGUGCUGAAGAGCAGUAUCUUUUUUUCUUGAACAUUCCCCAAAUCACCAAAUGCAGCUUCAUUUGUGCUUGUGAAGAGCACCCAACUCCAAGAGAGCUGAUUCUGCACAGCUCUCAGGUAGUUCUUUAGAGCUGGGCUCACGGUGUUCCAUGGCAGGUAAAACUCAAGUUAAAAAGUCAAUACCAUGUGCUUUUAAUUUGUAGUAGGUCUUAGUCCCUGAAGCUGGACCUGUCAGCAUAUAAUUGAUAACAAAUUAGGGCAGGGCUCUUUGAUCAGCUUAAUUGAGGAGGAAGGAGAGUGCCCAGUAAAACACCCGUGGAUAACUCAGCCUGGUUUCCAAAAAGAUCAAAGCGGGGCAGGUACUCUUCAUCCCUGCUGGGUAGCACUAUAAAUGCAUUUUAAAGUGCUCCUUGCAUCACUUCUAGAGCUGGAACAUGUCUGAACAAACUGAGCUGGUCAAAUAGCAGAAACUGCUAACUUAAUUUUUUUGUAUAUUUGUGAUUUCUAGAAGCCUAAAUCUUCUCCCAGAGCUUUCCUAAUCUGUAGGUGACUAUUCUGGGGAUUAGCUGCCUACUAGUAACCUCAAAGCACUGGUUCUUUUUAUUGCUAGUGAAUCUUUGUGUAAGGACUCCAUCUCCAGACAGUGAUGUGCUUUUGUGAUGGGGUGGAGUGCUGGGGUUGGGCUGAUGUUCAAGUAAAUGACCUGACUUCUCCAGUCAAAUUUGAACUGAUUCCUUUCAGUGUUUAUUCUGUGUAGACUUAAAAAGUUGAAAGGAAACAAUGGUGGUAUGUGCAACGCUUUUUAUGUGGUCAUAAACCAAAGUUUAGUUUGAGACUCACCUCUCUCUCUCUCUCUGCUGUUUGCAGACACCUCUUGUUGAAGAAGUGGUGUUUUAUUGUAGUAACUCCUUUCCUGGAGUUACUUUUGUACACCUCUGAAUAUCUCUGUAGUGCAUACAGCCAAACUUUCCUUGUAGCACUGGGGGUUUAUCUUCUCUUCUACAGUCUGAGCCACUGCUGAAGGCUUCCCAACUGGAAAAGGAACUUUAUCAACCACAGAGUCUUGAAAAAUAAAAAGUCCCAAAUAUGUGAUAAUCAGCUCUCCAACUAAACACCUUGCUAGAUUUUUUUAGAGAACUGUCAGUAAAAGCUUUGUGAUGCUUGCUGGAUAAAGUAUCUAAAACCCAUGCAGAAUUGAAAUCAUGGGGCCAAAUUUGACUGGGGAUGUUCUCUACUAUCAGAAGAGCCAAGCUUUUAGUGUGGUUGCUGGGUUUGAAUGUGUUUUGAGGGUGAUAUAUUCACAGCCAUGGAGUAAUAUUAUUUCUGGCUGAAUGUUCAUUUUUGUAGUAGUCCUGUAAUGAGACCCUUUGUGUCAUUUUUAGCACAAUGAUUAUGUCCAAGCAGAAGCCAAUACUGGGUGAUCAACAGCUGUUUGCCUUAUCUAGCAAGCCUGUUAGCAGAGAUUAAUAGAAGCAUCUCUGAAAACUGGAUGGUCUGAACUCUAAUUUCCAGUGGGAGCCACUGAUUCGGUCAGGCUGAUCUUGAGUAAACCACCAAACGUUCAGUGCUUCAGAUCACUGGGUGUGAAGUACUUGCUAUGAAGUUUUGCAUUGGGUGUUGACACAGAGUUUUCUGAGACAAGCCAUGGCUCCCUUCUGUCCAUGUUUGCAUUCCCCCAUGAAAAUGCUAGAGGACAAAAAACCCAAAUUAAAAAAAAAAAACUUUUCAGAUCAAAGAAAUAAGAUGGAAAAAGUGAAAUUAUGAGCUCUGUAAAGAAAGGGGAUGCUGGGUGCAUCUUCCUACCUCGAACCCUGAAGUCUUUGACCUCCAGGUAAGAGCGUGCAGUCAGAGACAUGUUUGUGCUGAAUGCUAAAUGGCUCUAUGAUCAUUAUUUAUUGAAAACCACACAUGACAAAUUUUCAGGCAAGAUUCUUUGUUCUUUGCUGUAGAACACAUGAAACAGCCCCUAAAAUCUGUCAGCCUGCUGGUGCUGUUAGUGUGUUUUUGGAGAUGGCUGUGUUGGUAACAGUUGGCUCCUGCUAGUCUAGGUUGAGCAGUUAAUGGCUAUCGAAUUCCUUCAGCAUCAGGAAUGCCAGAAGCAGACUGGGGCUGACACAGGAGACAGUGAUUUGAAAAGAGGGAAAGUCGAAAUUAGUGAUGCAGAAGCAGUGUGGGUGCACACACGAGGGCCAACAGGCUUUCCAGAGCUUUUGCUGACAAGGGAUGCAAUUAGUUAGAGCCAGAUCCACUGGGUUUUGCCUUGUUUGUUAUCCCGAAGGACUGCUGUUUGUUCAGCUGCUUUUCCACUUGUCUUCUCUUUUCAGUGUGAAGGACUGUCUGUAAAUCAGUCUGAAAUGUUGAGCUGGCAUGAUUCCUGCAGUCAGAGACCAAAUUCAGUUGGAAAAUAGGUGAAAUUCUCCAGCUAUUGAAACAGGCAAAGCAAACGUGUAGUAUACACUGCCCUUUGGGAACCUGUGGUGCCAUUGGGGUCAGAUAUGGCUGGAGACACUGUCACAGAAACCCUCUCCUGGCUGUGGGGCAGAAAUGAAUGCUACAGCCAUUCUGCAAUGGAAGGAUGACUCUGUAGUAGGAAAUGCAAGUAAAGAGAUGGCUCCAUGUGCUCAGGAUUUUCUCCAUCCCACCCUCUUUUAAAAUUGCAUCUAUAAUUCGAUUUUGAUUGCUCUGGGCUUUCAUAAAGGUUUCCUUUGAAAUUUAGUCUGAAAUUCUGCAUUAUUUUACUUUUAAUGUCAAAGCACAAAAUAUCCUUAUGUGAUUGGCUCCUAUCAACUCUACUAACAAAGUCCUUUUUUGAGUUAAUUCAGUUAGAAAAAGGUGUUUUGAGAGGACAUUGUGUGAAUUCCCAGUGAGCAAGUAUGGAAGCUCUCCAUCCUUUUCUGUAUGCCUCUGUACAUAAGGGCUCACCAGAAAACCCUCUGGAGCCAAAGGAAAUACUCCUCCAUUCUAGUAGUGAAAACCCUGUUAAAUCAACAUCUUUUCUUCCUCUUUUUACAAACUUUGUCAUCUCAACAAAUUUUGGGUUGACAUCACCCUUUUUCCUUGCAUCUGUUCUGUCCUCUUGUUGCUGUGGGUAAUAACUGUUGUAGCUGCUGUUCAAGGAUCAUCAUUUGGAAGGACAGUCUUGUCUUAUGAUGGUGAAUGGUGGUGAAACAAUAGCUUCAUUUCUUAUAAGCAUGCAGUGCAUCCUAAGCAGAGCACCCUCAACUGGAACUUGAUGUCUUUGAAAUGCCAUCAUCCACUUGAGCUGUAGCUAAAUGUACUAUAAAUGUUACUGACCUCACAUCUGCCUCAGUUUAGGAUUUGUCUUGGCUGGGAAAGCAGACAGCAGGGUAAUCAUGCUGACCAUGAUGCAGGGCUCCCAAAGCAGCAGCUGCCUUGCUCUGACUUACCCUUCUAAUCACCACCUCACUCAUCUGGCCCAGAGUUGCCUUUGCUGUACUGAACCAUAUCCAGCUGGCAUAGAUCACCAGCUGUUGUCACUCACAGACUCCAUCACAACCUUUCCCCUCAUGUGAGCGAGCUGUAACUUAAACCAGAAGUAGGAAGUAUGCCAUGUGAGUUACAGGUGUGUGUUUCUUUCCCAGUGGGAGCCACAUAUCUAGAAAAAAAGCCUCAUCUCUAAUGCUUGCUCCUUCAAAUACUGUUAGUGAGAUAACUGGGGAAAGAUAACUCAGAGCAGAAAAUGAGGUGGCAAUGAGUGUAAUUCAGGCUGUAAAUGUUGUCAGUGAAAAAUUAGAUUGGUUUUGAGAGCACAGCCAGGUUCAACAGCUCAACUUCUCUGUCUGGAUGAACAGGGGCUGGGUUUACAGGACUCAGAGAUUGUCUCUGUUUUCACGUUAAUAAUUUGCAAUUAGGAUUUGGUGGAUGUGACUACAUUUUUUUAACAGGUUAUCCUUUUCCAGAAGAUAACUUUACCUCUGGUUUGUGCUACAAUAUUAUUCAAAAACAGAUGCCAGCUUUACAUUUACACCUUUGCUUUUCCCACUUAUGAUUAUCUUAGGAUGACAUUCUCAAGGACACGCACACUCAUGAGUACACAGUGGUGGUGUCCCUGGUGAGCGUUUUCUGAAUGCCUGGUCCUCAGGCAAAAAAAGACAUGGCCAAAACCUGUGUCAGUCAUGGUUUUAGCUGUGCACAGUUCCCUGGGGCAGAGGGGAUGUUGAAAGUAUUCCUAUGCUUUCAUGGGCAGCAGUCAAGGGCUCUGGAGUGUCUGGUGUCACACGAAUGCAAAGCUCGGCACUUCUCAAAGCUUGAUUCCUCUAGCAUCCCUCAUCAAUGAAUCUGCUCUUCUCUAAUUACUGCUCAUGCCUCAAGCACUGUGAGGGAUGAUCUGAUUGCAUGAAACACUAGAUCUGACUCCUGCUUUACUUAGAAAGAAGAGCAGCAGAGACUCAUUUUCUGUGCCACCUCGAGCUUCUUACUAUGGACAUUAAAGUUAAUAAUUCAAUAAGUCCCUUCCAGCCAGGACACCCUGUAAGGAAUACUUCCCUUCUUACAGGACCAAUAAAAGAGAUUCAGACAUUCAGAAUUCAUGGGAGUUUGGUGCAAAUGAGUUGCUCUCUAGUGAGUAGGUGGGUGCUGCUCUCCAUCCAGUGAGACUUGGGGUGGUGUGGAGGAGGAGCUCUCACUGGGGAGGGGGGUGCUGGGAAUGUCUCUGAAGGCUGAGGUUGUGUCAUUGCCACUGUGCUUUAGUAAAUGCACAGUCCUGCAGUGUCCCAGCAGCUGAGUCUUUACAGGAGGGCAGGCAGAGGAGAGGGAAUGCCAGUUUUACAUUUUAAUAGAGGGGCAAUAAAAUAGUUGGUCUGCAGUGGGGAGAGCUGCAAUGAUUUCAGGCACUGGCAUUGCCUCAGCUCUUACAGACUGUUGGGAAGAAAGGGUUAACACUCACCCCCACACACAGCCAGCAUGGAAGAGGGAAAAACUAACUUCUGAAGCCAACAUUUUAGUAGAGAAAAGGCCCUCUAAUGAGAGUAUGGAGCAAGCCCAGUGCUUGUUACUAUGCUGAUUGGGAGUGACAAGUAUAUCUCUGGAUAUUAGGGAAGUAGUUUAAAAUAUGCCAUAGUUUUUAGCAUAAUAAGAUGCACUGCAGAUAUGUCACAUCCAUUUUAUUCUCCACAGCUGUUUACAAAAGGGAAAAAAACCCCAAAACCCUGAGAUUGGAGCAGCUGUAGUCACUCAGCUGUCAAUAUGGGACAAGGCUCUUUCUGCUCUUUUAUUUCCACUUCACUCUGUUCUGCUGCUCAUAUUUGGCUGUUCUGUGAAUUUGCAGAUCAUGAGAUUUUUUUUCAAACUGCUUUUGAUCUAUACAGAAAGACUCACCCCGUUCUCAUUUGAAUUCAUUAAUACUUUGAGUAGGCAUUUUAAUUUUAUGUUUACUGGCUUGUUUCCCUUUGUAAUGUUAUCUAACUGACAAGUUUGUCAUGCUCUGCAUUACCUUUAGACUUUUGAAUCUAAAACAUUUCCUCUUUCCUGAAAGCUAUGAUAAUUUUCAGAGAUGCUACAAAGGCAUCUUCAUUUCCUCAGGAGAAAACCUGAAUUACCCUCAGCUUUGAUUACUAUCAAAUCAACAUUGAAACAUGUAAUUUCUUUUACAGCAUGAACAAAGUGUAUUUUACACCAUCAACUGUAGUUUGAACUGUAGUUUCAAAAUCUGCUUAAGCACUAACAGCAGCAUUUUGUUUGUGAUUUCCAUGCCAGGGAAGUCACAGCAUUAAAGGAAUUUUCUGUAGGAGCUGUUCCCACAAAGGUCUGCUGUCUUUUCACUAACAAUUGUGAAUUUAGCACAAUGUACAGAAUUUUAGCAAGAACCCUCAUUCCUAAACAUUUGGCCAGAAGGAUGAGGAGAGGAUGUGGUUUUUGUUGAUCAAGCACAACCAUUUCAGUGGAGAAAAUGCACUACAGCUGGUCAGACAAUUGGUCUCGUUGGUGGGGUAGUGCUGCCUUUGGGGAGGGUAUAGGAGUUAGCAAAUCACCAAACUGUGAAUCAUUCACUGUCAGAAGCAUUUGGCUUGUCUCUUCUUUAAGUUCUUGUGGUCAAGUGUGGUCCAGUGGGCUUGAGAAAGGAAUAUGUUUUGGAUGACCAGGAUGAUGAAUGUAUGAUGCUUCACAUUUAUUUGUAAUGUCCUUUUUAUACUUAGAAAUUGCUUACAUGUCUAUCUGUAUGUAAAUAAAUGUUUAAUCCUUUCCAC